UCACGUGGUGGUUGUUCAACCCCAGUCUGACCAUGCUGUAACUGAACAGUACGAUUUGAUAAAGUUAGGAGUGUUAAAUCCACCGGAAUAACAUUUACACCCAAGUGAUCAUGUCGGAACUAAAGAUUAACAAAAAAUUCGCAGAAAGAUACGACAAGUAUAGACAAAAGGAAGAGCUGCAGAAAUUAAAGGACCGCUUUGGAGAUCAGGAUGAUGAUGAAGGCUCCUCAGGCUCAUCAGAUUCAGAGUCUGAUGAGAGUGAAGUGGAAUUUGAUCCCAAACUUGAGAGAGAUUUUUACAGGACGCUGUCUCUGUUGAAGAAGAAAGACCCAAAGAUUUAUCAGGAGGAUGCACAGUUCUACACAGAGGAGGCAUCCAACUCGGGCAGUGAUGAGAAACCCUCUACUUCCAAGAAGUCUGUAAAGCCAAUGUUCCUAAAGGACUAUGAACGCAAAGUCAUCUUGGAGAGGGGAGGAAAAUAUGAUGAUGACGAUGAUAGCGCUGAUGAAGAGGCUGCCAGGAAGAUGCAGGAGAGAGCUGCAUCUCCCAGCUACAUCCAAGAGCAAAAGCAACUAAAAGAGAGCUUUCGGCAGUUUGUUCAGGACAGCUGCGAUGAGGCCAGUGAUGAUGAGCUGCUGAAACGCAGGAACAAAACACAAGAGGAGAAGGACAAAGAGGAGGCAGACUAUGUGGAGUGGCUGAAAGGGCAGGCAGAGCUGGAGGGAAAGGAUGAGGUUCAGGACAUGAAAUAUCUACGAGAUUACUGGAACGACCCACAGCUGGACGAUAAGGAGACUUUUUUACGAGACUACAUCCUCAACAAAGGAUAUCUAGAGGAAGAUGAGGAGGGCAGAAUUCCCACCUACAAUGAGCUCCUGCAGGAAGAUGUAGACGACUCUGAGGAGGAAGGAGAAUCGUUCCUGCAGAAGCAAGAGGACUUUGAGAGGCAUUACAAUUUCCGCUUUGAGGAGCCCGGUGCUCAUAAGGUCAAGACGUAUCCCCGCACCAUUGCCACGUCUGUCCGAAGCAAAGACGACAGGAGAAAGAAAAAGCGGGACGAGGUGAAGGAGAGAAAGAAAAAAGAGAAAGAACAGAAGCAGCAGCAACUAAAGGAGCUGAAGAACCUGAAGCGAGCAGAGAUCAUGGACAAGCUGAAAAAAUUGCAGGAGCUGACUGGAAACGAGCAGCUGGCCUUCAGUGAGGUGGACCUGGAAGGUGACUUUGACCCUCAGCACCAUGACCAGCUCAUGCAGAAAUUUUUUGGAGAUGAAUACUACAAAGAGAAUGAUGAGGAGAAACCUCAGUUUGACGAUGACAAUGAGUUGGAAGGACAUUGGAAUUGGGACACGUGGACCGGUGAAGAUGAGGAAGGCUGUGAAGAGGAGAAGGAGUAUGAAGGCGAGGAGGAGAGCAACGAGCCUAACUGUGAAGAUCCUGACUUCAUUAUGGAUGCAGAUUAUGACCCCAAUCAGCAGGCUCUGUCUAAGAAGAAAAAAAAGAAACAGAAGGAGUUAAGGAAGAAAAAGAGUGGCGAUGAGGCCCCACUCAUGGGCAAAAAGAGAAAGAAGUCUCACUUUGCUGAGAUGAUCAUGCAAAACAAACCAGUGUUUGAUCCACAGGAGAAGACAUUUGAACAGUACCUCGAUGAAUACUACAAACUAGACUACGAGGACAUUGUAGAUGACUUGCCCUGCAGAUUCCGCUACCGUCAGGUCGUCCCGAAUGAUUUUGGCCUGACGACUGACGAGAUCCUGGGAUCAGAUGAAAAAGACUUGAAUCGCUGGUGCUCGCUGAAGAAGACCUGCAUGUACAGGUCCGACAGGCAAGAGCUCUGUGAUGUGAAGAAUUAUCAAAUCAAAGCGCAGAACGUCAAUAAAAAGAAACGAGUGUUGGCUUCUCUGUAUGCUGAGAACGAUGAGCAACUUGGGGAAUCCAGUGCUAAGGUGAAAGUGGGUAAGAAGAGGAGGGAUCGCAUAAAGAAUACAGAGAUGGAGAGUGAGAAGAUAUCCGAGGAGGAACAGGAAGUAGAGUGUGAUCAAGACGCAUCAGCAUCUAACUCGGCAGAGAAUCUAGCAGCUCAGGCUUUCGGAGACACGACUGUGGAGGAAGAGGAUGAUACAGUGUUCCUGGUGCCUAAGAAAAAGAUGAAAGUGGAAAAGACCACAGAAGCCCUGAGGACUGAAAAGCCUAAAUGGCCAAAGAAGAAUAUCCGCUGCCCAGGCGGACGAGUCCUUUCCGGGGCUUUGAAGGUGAAGAUGGGAGGCUGCGAGUUCAGCAGACAGAGACUGCGAGCCUAUGGCCUGAAUCCCAAGAGGCUGCAUUUCAGGGAAUUCUACAGGCAGAAAAGAAAAGAGAGAGAACAGAAAGAAAAGAAGGAAAAGCUGAAAAACAAAGGGAAAGAGUGAUACAGUGCAUAUGCUAAUGCACCUUAGACUGUAACAAGUGAACAGUUUAUUGUCUUGGAUGUCAUCAGGUGGAGCACUUGCUUAAUAAGUUAGGCAAGGAAGGAUAUCAAUAUCAGUGUACAGGAUUUUACAAGAAGCAAGGCUGUACAGUUAGGAUAGUGUCCAUUAGCUGUGUGCCCCUUGGUUUAAUAUUUAAUAUUGAAAUAACUUUUUUCAUUUUUAAAUAAAACAACUUUUCAGUUUGAUUUUAAACAAUGGGCUUCAGUAUUGCUUCAUCAUAAAUUAUAUAAAUUUACUUAUUGUGCUGCCUUUAAACAUCAAGACACUGAACUCCAAGUUGCUCCCAAUGGUAACUUAGCGCCUUGCAUGGCAGCUCUGCUCCCAUUGGGGUGUGUGUGUGAAUGAGAACCAGUGUAAAGCGCUUUGGAACCACUAAGGUUAAAAAAGUGCUAUUAUAAGUGCAGACCAUCACAUGCAAAAGAUCAAUUUAGUGAAUGUUUGUGUGGGAGAAUGUGUGUAAGUGAGAAUGUGGGUGUGGGAGAAUGUGUGCGCGAGUGUGUGCAUGAGAUCACAUGUAAGAGUGUGGGUGGAUACACAAUAUUCACAACAGCAUAUAUCAUACAUGCUUUCAUACUAUGUUUUAGAAAUUGUAAUGAAUCCACUGGUACUGUUUGAAAUUAUUAUGAGUGGUAGUAUCUGGUAAGUGUUGGGGGAUUGAUUUCAUAUUUUCCUGAAUCUUCCUUUUGACACUUUAUCCUUAAAGGUCAGAACCAAUAAAUGAAAAUUUGCAAUUUAUUUCAAUAAAAUUUCCAAACUGGAGUAAGUAAUUGUACAGUAUAGGAGUUACACUGGUAUAAAGAACAACGAAGUUAUAAUGAGAUGGCAAUGUAUGUACAGACUUCUCUGUUAAAAUAGCAAAAGUAGCAGCAGGCUCUAAAGUGCUUGGCAAUACCACAAUGCUGCAUAAACAUGAUAAUUUUGAAAAGUUCCAGAGGAGAGGGAGGCAGUGCAGAUAAACACUUAGAACAGUAUGGCAGAAAUGACCAAUGGGUAGCAUUGAGACAGGUGACAUUAUCCCAGUUAUUUUAAAUAGACUGCAGGCAAACUUUUGUUUUAGUCUGACUACAAUGCACAAUUCCAAUAGUAGUUCCACUAAUUUCUCUAGUUGAGGCUGCAUUUUGUAUGAUGCUGUCAGAAAGGGCUUCUUUUUGCAGCUCUUAUAUGGAGGUAGCAACUAACAGUUGCUUCUGGAUCUUCAGAAAUCAAGUUCUCCAAGUUCUUGGCAGUAGAUGGAUUGGCUGCCCUAAAACUAAAGGGGUGUUUGUGUGUGUGUGUGUGGUGCCUUAUGAUGGGCAGGCCUUCUGUUCAGGCUGUAUUCCCACCUUCCCACCAUUGUUCUCGUGUUAGACACCAGAUCAACUUCAACCCUGACCAGGAUAAGUGGUUACUGAAAUUGAAUGAAGUAAUGAAUGUUUCCCAAAUAUUGAUGGAUGGCAAAGUGAGUGUGCAAUAUCUUUGUCAAAUGUAAGAACAGAAUUUAAAAUAAAUAAAUAAAUCACAUAGUAAAUAAUACUAAUACUGUGUUUCAUGACAGCUUGACCUUUACAGACCACAUUUCAACAACUGCAUGAUCCUGUAGGUUCACUCUGUAUAACCAAGAAGAUCAGACCCUACCUCUGAACAGUCUACACAGCUACUAGUCCAGGCUCUAGUCAUAUCAAAACUGGACUACUGCAAUGCAUUACUCUCGGGCUCCCAGCCAGCUCCAUCAAACCCCUUCAGAUGAUUCAGAAUGCAGCAGCACCUCUCGUCUUCAACCAGCCCAAAAGAACC